UCCAUUUCUAUUGAGAGCACAUGUCCCGUUGCUGUGGUAACAAGCUGCAGACAUUUGAUGACGUAUUUUCACCAACAGCAGCAGGAGAGAGCUGCACAGGAAUGGUAAACUUUGUUCAUAGUUCGACAGUUUCAAACAUACAAUUGUAAUGCUAAUGAAAUGACGGAGUUGCAUCAGGCAGCAGCUGCUGAAGAUUAUGAUCUAGUGGAGGAAAUUGUGAGAAAAAAGUUGUGUGACCCCAAUCAGAAAGACGUAGAUUGGAAUAAGAAGACACCUCUCCACUGGGCAGCGUCCAAAGGCCAAACAGAGGUGGUUAGGAUGCUGAUUGAAAACGGAGCGAGGGCAUGUUUGAGGACGGAUAAUGGAUGGACGCCGGCACACUUUGCAGCGGAGUCUGGACGACUAGCAGUACUGCGACUGCUACAUUCUCUCCAUGCCCCUAUAGAUAAGGAGGACUCUUCCGGUGAUAAACCUGUGAGAAUUGCUGAGAUCUAUGGACAUGAAGAGUGUGUUCAUUUUCUUGAAAAGGCAGAGGAAGAGAGCAGAAACUACCGUCAAAUGGUAAAAUUAAAUGGGCUACCCUUUGAUGAUACUGAUGAAGAAUGGGAACAGGAAAUAAAAGAGGACAAAAUGCAGGGAAAAUGCAAUUAAAGAGAAGAUUUUAUUAUACCACAA